AAAUGGGUCCAGGAAGUUAUUCAGCCCGUAGCAGAGGAACUGAAAUUCUUAAUGCCACAGCCCUUCAUGGGGGAAAUUAUGGGAUUGUGCAAAGCCCUGGGAAUAAGCCUUGGAGAUGGAGUCCUGCUUAACUUCGCCUACGAAUCUACUGCGUUCUGUACCAGUAUUGUUGCUCAGGAUGACAAAGGAAACAUUUACCAUGGGCGGAACCUGGAUUACGAUUUUGUCGAUAUAUUAAGCAAGGUUACAAUUGAUGUGCAGUUUAUAAAAAGUGGGCAGAUAGCAUAUCAAGGCACCACGUUUCUUGGUUAUGUAGGCUUAUGGACUGGACAAAGUCCACACAAGUUCACGAUCUCCGGUGAUGAACGAG